AAGAUAAAAAAGAAAAAGCACGUGCAAAAAGAGCUCCACUACCAAAGUUAGAUGCAGAAAGAUUGCUCGGGGAAAAUGGAUUUAGAAAGUUACUAAUGAAAAGUCACGAAUUGGUUAUAGACAAACGUGAAGAUCCGGAAAAAAAUCUUAGGAAUUUGAUGACAUUUUAUCAAAUAUGGGCUCACGAGCUGUUCCCAAGUAUGAAAUUUCGUGAUGUCAUUGCUAAAACGGAAAAAAUUUGCAGAGAGGAUCGGCUCAAGGUAAAGUAA